GUCACAGAGCUCAAUAAUGUGAAGAAUAUAUUACGAAUGCCAAAAAGCACAAAGAAACAUGCUAUUGGGAUUUAUUUUAAUGAUGAUACCUCCAAAACUUUUGCUUGUGAGUCAGAACUUGAGGCAGAUGAGUGGUGCAAGGUGCUGCAGAUGGAGUGUCUUGGAACGCGAAUUAAUGACAUUAGCCUUGGAGAGCCUGACUUGUUGGCAUCCGGAGUAGAGAGGGAGCAGAGUGAGAGAUUCAAUGUGUAUUUGAUGCCAUCCCCUAAUUUAGAUGUGCAUGGGGAAUGUACCUUGCAGAUAACAUUUGAGAAUAUCUGUCUUUGGGACAUCCAGAAUCCCAGAGUAAAACUCAUCUCUUGGCCAUUAAGUGCCCUCCGACGCUACGGGCGGGACCCAUCUUGGUUCACGUUUGAAGCGGGGAGAAUGUGUGACACAGGAGAAGGACUAUUCAUCUUUCAGACCAGAGAUGGGGAAGCAAUCUAUCAGAAGGUUCACUCGGCUGCUUUGGCCAUAGCAGAACAACAUGAGCGCCUGUUGCAGAGUGUGAAAAAUUCGAUGGUACGGCUGCUCCUUAUGCUUGUUGCUUCGCACUGGGCACCAAUGAACAAUAUGUUUCUUCAAU